UAGGCUUGAAGGCCAUAAACAACGAGCAGACAAACUAGCUAAUUAGAUUUCGGGUUGAACACUCGCCACUAUAUAAAAGGGUGGUUUUCACUUGAGAAGACAGUACUUUGAUGAAAGAUAGUCAUUGUUUCUUCAAAUAAUACUUUCAAUCCACAAACGUUAUUAUUUCGAGAAUGUCUGAAAAUAGAUCAAGCUUCCCAAAAGCCUAUUUGAAACUUUUUAAGUCAAAUGCACCAGAAAAUCUCGUCAGUGUACAUCUAAAUCAGCAGUCAGUAAUAUGUGAUCCAAAAACUGGUGCACGAAAAUCCCCAUUUGUUUUCGAAGUUCGUGGACAAAAUUCCAGUGAAAACAAUGAAAGAUGUUUUUGAAUAUGGCUUAAAUACUUCAAGGUUUUAUCCAUGUCUAAGAAUACGACUCCCUUCCAAAAAUAAAUACUCAUGGCUCAUUUACAAUGAGGUAGAUAAAAAAAUAAAAGCUAUUGGGUCAGCUCUUGUGAAAACUGUGAGACAAAGACGUAAUGCUGAAAACUUUGUGGGAAUCUAUGGACCGAACUCACCGGAGUGGGUUAUUAUGCAACAUGCAUGCGCUGCAUAUGGUUAUACUAUUGUGCCCAUCUAUCCUACAUUUGGUAAUGAAGCAAUACAACAUAUUUUAUCUCAAACACAAGUGAAUUGUAUGCUGUGUAAUUCAGGAACUGAAGCUCUUCAUCUGCUGGACAAGUUCGAAUCUUCUCUUCAAUAUUUAAUCAUUGUUUCAUAUGAUGUUAAAGUUGAAGAAGUUAAGUCUCGUCACGGCUCAAAAGUCUCUGCGUACUUGUUUGAGGACUUCAUGGAACUGGGAAUGAAUAAACUUUUACCAAAGAAAGAUCCAUUGCCAUCUGACCUCUACAUGGUUUGCUAUACUAGUGGAAGCACCGGUAAGCGUUAGUUUCACUUCAGCAUUCAUGCUGUUUGGGUGUAUUUCAAAUACUAAUUUAUUAAUUUUUCCAACUAGAACAUAACCUUUUUUCUUUGUUCCUCCGUUGAUUACUAAGGAAAUACUUAUAUGGUAAUUUCGCUAACCUCAGAUCUUCGUUUGUAUACUGACAUAUGAGUUAUAAUUUAGUCUACAGUGAUAACGAAUUAGGAAACUCGUUACAGAUAAAUUUCUGUUCUACUAAUGUCCUACAUUAAUGCCACAUAAUAUGAUGAAUCAUUAUUCCUUCCUUUUCCUGUAACUCUUCAGCCAGCGUACUUCAGCUCAGAUCAAAUAAAAGUUUAA